CAACUGUUAUACUGUCCUUCAUCAAUGUCUAACACACAGUCAUACAGUAAUCAAAAUCCCUUGUCGAAACCAGUGACAAACAUGAUUGAAUCAUACUGAAUAAUUAUGAUGCUUUGUGUUGUCAAAAUGACAUCAGAUAAUCCAGUCACUUAACACUAGAUUUUCCCCUGCGUUCUACGACAAGCCGGACAAAAUGCUAAAGGACAAAAUGGCGACUGUCACGCGCAUUGUCAGGUGACCUCGAUAGACAAACGUUGCUAGUAUCAUAACCAUAUCAGCUAGAUAUUGACGGAAUGGGAAUCAAACGGUAUGAAGACGGGAUGCAGUGUCUCUAAAUCGGCGCUCAUGUGUCAUAUCUUGGUCGGUUCCCAAGCUGUGGGUCGUCUCACUCGUGUCCAAAGGAAGUAAAUGUCCUUUCCCGUGGUAAUGCUCUAUGUCGUUGCUACAGAAUACGGACCAUUUUGUAGGGCGUACCUUGUGUCACGUGGCUUUCAAAGCUUAUAACAUCGCGGAAGAUACAUAGCGGUGUUUGUACUAUUCUAAAUCUUGUCUGAAUCAUCUUUACGUCCUGCUUGUAUACUGCUAUCCUGUGUUCAUGCAUUACUCAUAAUCAGAAUAUUGUAAAGCUUCAAAAUGGUCACAUCUGUUGCCUGCAUUCCGCAAGACUGAUGGGACUCUCUAUAUGUGCAAUAUUAAUCCAUAUAUGUUUAAUACAUGCUAUACUGUGUCCAACCUUUUGUAACACUGGUUGGCGAUGGGCUUGCAUUUGACGAGUGAGUGAGUUUGGUUUUACGCCGCUUUUAGCAAUAUUCCAGCAAUAUCACGGCGGGGGACACCAGAAAUGGGCUUCUCAUAGUGUACCCAUGUGGGGAAUCGAACCCGGGUCUUCGGCGUGACGAGCGAACGCUUUAUCCACUACGCUACACCACCACCCCUGCAUUUGACGAACCUUUGAAGACAGUUGAAUAUGUUCGUUCUGGAAUUGAUUCAUGCAUCAACUCCAAAUACCAUUAAACAAUUAAUGUCUGUAAAAUUCAAUUUGUUAAUGUCCUUAACAGCUAUUUAUAUAAUGUUUACGUUAAGAAAUGAUAAAUCGUAUGUCAUAGGCAAUAAGACAAUAUUUCUGUGAAUACAACUGUCAACACAAAUGAGUGCUACAGGGAUCUGACGUGGCCUGAUUCUGUUGGAUGCACAUAAAAAUGGCGACAGAUUAAUGAAUACAAGCUGGCGGUUGCUCCUAACACAGUAUCUAUUGACGCAUAUCUACAUACAUACAGGAUCUCGGGAUAUUAGGUGUCUUGUGAGAGACGCACUAUACAAGGUUGAAGCUGUGGAAUACAAUGCAAGAAUAUGUCCACCAGGAGUCAAGCCAGGUCCUCUCUACCCCUAGCCCUUGCCCCCCUCCCCGGGCAGUCACUGACUUCCAGUCCUGGAACGGUCGCCGUACACCACCAAACACAGGUCGUCUCGAGUAACGCACCCAGCCACCCAGUCGGGAGAAAUCAACUGCCCCAGGAAGAAAGGAAAGUGUACAUUGACCUGUUUCUGAAGGUGGACUCAGAAUGUGGCAAUGGAGACGGCGCGCUGACCAUUGACGAGUUUGAGAAGUUGUUGAUUAUCUGUGGCCAUAGACUACCGAGAAAAGAUAUUGCUCUCGCAUUUGUGCAGAUGGAUACUGACGGAAAUUGGAAAAUCACGCUGGAUGAAUUUCUUGCUGUGGUCCCAGCACUAGCUCCACCAAACUCUACAGAAUAUAUCGCUGCUAAGAUUAGACGCGCAUUCAACGUCUACAACGUCAGGACGGCUGGUGGCGUGACGUACAAGGAGUUCCCGGCGCUCAUGGCCAGUGCUGGUCAUCCCCUCAGCGAGAUUCAGAUCCAGGAGUUGCAUGCAAACGGUCAAAACGCCGGAGAAGAACAACUGGACUUGGAAAAAGCCCUAAUAGUUUAUGCUCCAAAGUAAUGACAUCUGAAAUUAACUCCCGAAGCUUUCUGAACAAGGGACUGUAUACGGCUUGGAGCGGGCACGUGACUUUCUUGUGAUCAUCGGUUGAUUGCCUGAAGCUGGAUUGCCUCAAUGGUCGGAGACGAUCGUUGUUGUCCUCAUGUGAACAAUAAUAUUCAAAGUACAACUGUGAGUGCUUAACGUAUACUAACAUUCCUCAUAAAUGCGGAAUGAAAUAAAUUGAUUCAAA